CGCCGCCAUCUUGUUAGGGUCGCUUCUAUAGCAACGGCCGUGCGGGUCGGUGGCCGCGCUUCAUCCUUCUUCCCCGGUCGCUUUCCGAGGGUGGUCAUGGCGGGCCGCUCGAGCCUGGAAGACCUGGAGCUGACGGGGGACGAGGUGGAGCGGCUAACCAAGGCCUUCCAGGACGAGGGCUUCCGGAAGCUGUUCGCCGACUACGCGGCCGAGCUGAGCGACCCGGCGCAGCGGGCCGUGUACGAGGCGGAGGUGUCGGCCCUGGAGCGGCAGCGGGGCGUCGAGGCGCGCUUCUUGCACCCGGAGCCCGGCUGGGUGCUGCGGACCAGCCAGGCCGGCUCCCGCCGCUGCUACGUCAACGUGUGCGGCAACGGGCUGGUGGCGAGGCCCGAGUCGCGGCCGGAGCCCGGCGGGAGCCGCUGGUCGCUGCCGCACUGCCUGGCGCCGGCCCGGGAGGAGCUGGGCAGCCGGCGCCGGCCCGGGGAGCCGCGAGGGCCGCCCCGCCUGGUCUACGACGUGCUCUUCCACCCGGACGCGCUCCGCCUGGCCGCCCGCUCGGCCCGCUUCCGCCGCCUGGUGAGCGACACGGCCCUGGAGGCGGUGGAGAGCCACUUCUCGCCCGGCCUGGACCGCGCCAACGCCGUGCCGCUGCGGGGCACCAAGUACAAGGGAGUCCCGCAGGCCACGCUGCUCCGGACGCCGCUGCCCGGGGGCGCCCCGGCCACGGGAAGCGGAGAGGAAGAAGAAGAGAGCUGCUCGUCGCCGCUGCCGCCCUUCCCCACGCCCUACGCCUACCCGCCUCGCCAAGCCGAGCCCCCGCGGCCGACGCCCGAGCCGGUCCCGGUCCCGGCGGCCACCACGCCGCGCUGGACCCUCCGGCAGCGCUCGUACGUGGACCUGCAGGACUACCGCUGCAGCCGCGACUCGGCGCCCAGCCCGGUCCCUCGCGAGCUGGUGGUGACGGUGGAGCUGCCCUGCCUCAGCUCGGCCGCCCAGGCGCAGCUCGAGGUCCGCGGGCGGGAGCUGCAGCUCGAGUCGCGGCGCCCGGCCGCCUACAGCCUGCGGCUGCCGCUGCCCUACGCCGUGGACGAGGCCGCCGGCAAGGCCACCUUCAACAAGGCCAAAAGGCAGCUGGUGGUCGUGCUGCCCGUCCUGCCGCCGGCCAACACCGAGCAGGGGAGCCCCAACUGCAGCGAGCAAGGCCUCCAGGAGGAGGAGGAGGAGGAAGAAGAAGAAGAAAGGGAGGAAGAGGAGGAGCCGCCACCGGUAUCCGAAAGCUGCGCCCCGAUCCAAGCCACGAACAACACGAAGCAAACGCCCCUCGCCGCCCACGUGGAGGCGAGGCCGGUGUGCGCUGCGGAAAGAGCUCCGGCCGCUCCCGAGCCCGACUCCUCCACGUGUCCGGGUAAGAACGAUUCCGACGGUCCUCGGAUCCCCCGUGCCAGCGACCCGGAGGCUCCCGCGGAAAGCGACCCGGAGGCUCCCGCGGAAAGCGACCCGGAGGCUCCCGCGGAAAGCGACCCGGAGGCUCCCGCGCGCGGCGAGGACACGCGUCCGACGGUCCCGACGUGCGCCGGCGUUGGCGGCAGCAUCGGCGCCGUGGGUUUGCCUACUGCGCCGCGUGAAGAUCCGUGCGUGGACAGCACUGCGGAGCUACCCGUCCCUGUUGCAGGAGUAAGUCAGGGGCUCCUCUGCGCCGACAUGGAUCUGAACGAAAGCACCCAUGUCACCAGCGACGUGGUGCCCUCGCCGAGCCCCAGUGGCAUCGUGGCUCCUCCACCUGUGUCCCGCUGUGACGGCCUGGACCAUUCUGUGGCAACCCAGUCGGGUCUGGACUGCUCUAAUGUAGAUGAGGAUCCGAUGCCCUCGACAAGAAGUGAGAUUCCUGUGCCACCAGUGUGCCCCAGUACCACUAGCAUCGUGCAGAUUUCUGCACCUGCCUCUCCGUGUCCUGCAAACAUAACCUCAGGUUCUCCUCUGCAGCCCACGGAGGGCCCCACCGUUGAUCCAGAUUCUGCCAAAAGCCCUACUAGCUGCCUUGACUCUCCUGUGCCCCCUGCAAGCACAGCUGCCCGGUGCCCCCCUUUCCAAUGCACUCAGGAUGAAAACUCCUUGAGACUGAUCUUGCAGGUGCCAGGCAUUGUUCCCCAGAGCCUCAAGGGGGAAGUUGGAACAAAUUGCUACAGAGUUAGCUUUGCCAGCAAAGACUUUGCUUCUUAUACAUUGCUCUUGCAGUUUCCUCUAGAAAACAGACUGAGUCCCCCUGAGUUUGGACUUGAUGUGUCCCUCGAUAAUGCUGUUAUUGCCCUCACCAAGUCUCUCGAGACCGCUGGACUUUGGAGAAAGAUGUAUUUCGGCCCAAAUGGUGAUUCAUUGCAGGAAAAGUGGUUUGUCACCGAAGACAAUGUGGAUGAGUUUCUGGACAGUCUUUCGAGGAUGUCCUGUUCCAGCCUGUCUGAGAUGGAACAUCAGCCAUUAAUUGAAGUGUUGGAUGUCUCAGAGGGCAAAAGUCAGAUCAGAUUAAAGCCGCCGGAGCAGAACGGCUUUGAGCUUUGUAAAAUGCAAGAAAAAGCUACUCCCAAGGGAGAGGUUGGUGAACAAGAAAAUGGCAGUGAACUCUCGGCAGAUGCAGAAAGCUGCCCCGCACAAACAGCUCUGCUUACAUCCAUGGAAACAAUGGGCCAAGUUGGCGGGGGACCAGGCCAUUGUUUGGAGCUUGACCCCAGCAACCCCAGCUUGGCAAGUCCUGGGAAACAGCAGAUAAGGGAGUGUCGGGAGUCAAAACGUGCUUUUGCAAGGGAGGAGGAAAGAGCCACGUCCACACCACAAGCCCAGUUUAACUGGGAGGAGCCUGGCCAAAUCAGAGGGGGGGAAGGUGUGCAUUCAGAGUCAGCACAGAACAACCAAGGCCAGUGCAGGAGCAGGCCGGCUCCUCCUGUGUUAAAGGAAACAGACAUGCGGGAUGGAAGUGUGCAGUACAUUACCAGCCACACAACGCACUGUGCAGUCGCCUUUCAGAAUGCCUUGUUGUAUGAACUGGAUUAAUGUGCUGAGCUCCCAGCUGGGCUCUGCAGCAAGAAAAACCUCAAGUUUUUACUUUUUGCAUUUCCUCCAGAGAGCACAGGAAAAGGACGGUGCAGAGCCCCAACCACAAGUCUUGCGGAAACUAAGCACCGGUCCCAUCUGCUCAAAAAUGUUCACUUCCAUUUGGGAGAUUUGAAAGGACUGGACUCCAGGAAGGGGUUACCAACACAACAACAACCCACUAUUUGGAGUGUCCUCCCAUCUCAGAAGCCUCACAUUUCACAACGACUUGUGCUGCCACAAUUACUUUCUGGGGUGAAUUUGUAUGGCUUGCCUUUCGGCAUCCCUUUCACACUCCACAAGCACCCUUCAAACAGGUAGAUAGAAAUGCAACAGCACCAGCUGGGCAAAAACCAGUUUGCUUGGUUUCAUGGUGGAUACUAAAACCAGUAUAAAUCCCCAAGUUGCUCUGUUCAUGAAAACUGCUUGCAUGAAAACUGGUUUUUGGGGAACUCAAAACCUUUAUCCAAAGGUUGUGUAUGCAGCACAAUCUAUUUUGGAUUGGGGUGUCAUAGCCAGAUUGUAAACUGCAUUCACAGGAAGUUAAUCCUAUUCAUUUUAACGGAAUUGAUUUCAAAGUAAGCAUGCCCCCGAGGGACAGGCCUGUACCCAACCGUUGCAGUUCCACUGCCAUUGGGACAGAGUACAGUAUAGCACACCCCACAAACAGCUACAUAGAUCUAUUCCCAGCUCUACGUUUUGCAGCAGAAAGGUGUUUCAGGUCUUUUGUUUCCUGUAAGCCAAACUAGUUUUCAGAGUUCAAAGACCAUUCUAGAACUUCUGCUUAAUUUGUCUACCAUAGCUAGGCUGGAUGCUUUUGAAAUUGCCUGCAUUUUACAGGAAGAUUUUUUUGUGCCAACUGUUGUUUUAACAAAAGGCAUCAAUACCCUGCAUGCAGCAGGUACCUUGAAGCUAAAACUUAGCACAUUUUAAAUGGAAGAAUUUCCCCCCAUCGAUCUGCAUGGGGGCUCAACAGUGCUCAGUUGAAGCAGGAUUGUAACCCUCUUCUCAGUCCCACAGAUUUCACCAGAACCCACUCUCAGUUAAGACUUGCUUGAAAACACAUCAGCACUCUUCAGGCCAUUAAAUUAGAAGUUCUGUCUACAUUAAUUAGCAUGUUCAAAAUUGAAAUGGAGCAGGGGAGACUAACCUAAUGAAGUCUUUCCUCUCUUGUAACCUGAAGAAACGCAUUCGCAUCCCAGAAAGUCAAGUUCUGGAAAACACUCAGCAGUUAAUUAUGUUAGACAGAACUCAGUAGCUUCCACUAAUUGGAUUGUCCUGUAAAAUCUAGGAACACACUAAAAUUCACCAAUAAAGCGUUUUGCUGCAGAUCUAAGGGAUGCCUUGGAGAGGACUUUGCCAUUUUGUGUUUGCUGCUGCUGUUUGUAUUACUGCACCACAAUACAAAAAUGGGCCUUUGUUACAUUUUGGACAUAUAAAUGGAUUUCAUCUUUGGUGGUGCAUAUUUCCAGAGGCAAGGAAGGGCACAAUCCACUGGGAAGUUCUUUUGCACAAGGCCCUUUUACUUUACGAAGAACUUGUGCAGGAGAAUUUUCUAAUGGGAUUGUGCUCUAGCAUUCAAUACAUAGUUAAAUUAAAUCUGUGCUCUUUCAUCAAGAAGGGCUUUUGAAGGUUACUGAGCCUCUUAACACAGAUGUAGACUAGGCUCUCAAUUAGUAUAUCUCUUCUCCAUAUGCUGUUGCUUUUAUAUUGUUUGGGGCUUUUAGCUCUUGGAUGCUCUCCUUUCUUUCUUCAUCCAGCCCUAUUUUUAAUUAUUCAUUAAGCUGGGCUGCCUACGCAGGAACCUGAAUUGUUUCUGUAACAGGAGGUAAAUGGUUGUCAUUGUUUUCAGUUCAGUUCUUCAAAUGUUAUGUUGUUAAUUUACUUUGUAUCAUUGCACGGUGCCGCCAUUACAAUGUUGAAACUGUUCUUUUAAUUUGGCACUAUAAAAAUUAAAAGGGAUUGUUUCGGAUC